AAGCUGGACGAAGGACACGCUGCUCUCUGAUCACAGCUCCGGCAUCUCUCAUGGUGUUGCAUUAACCAAACAAACUAGUGUGCUCUCUUUGUUUAGAUUAAAAUUUCCUUUAAAUGUUUUGUCAUGUUUGUGAACUUGACUGGGCUAGUAUGGAACAAGUGAAAUUUAUCAAAUUGGAAUAUACUCCUCUCUGAUUAUGGAAAAGGUUAUCUGGCUGAAGUUAAUUAUGUGAAGUUGAGACUUAAGUUUGCUGUUUCUAAAAUGCUAUACUCAAUAGUAUUUCAUGCGGUAUAUUUUUACGGCCAAAUGAUAUGAAUAUGAAGUGUCAAGUGCUGAGGUUUGAUAUAAAAACUAAUGGCGUCAUACACUACGCUAAAUAUUCUUGUCAAAAUUACAUUGAACAUCAAUAACUCUGCAAGCAUGAUAUACCUGUUUGUACAAUGUUUAAUUCAGGUACUACCAUAGGUUACACAACAAAGUUGUUCACAAAUUUUGGUUAAACAAUAACUUGAGAAACUGUUUGUAAUAUUUCAACAGUUACCGAGUAGACUUACAAACAUAAUGACUCUGUGUUUCUCAUAAAGUGGUUGUAAUGAUCAUGCCACACAUAGAAGUGCUUUAACUGUGAAAACAUGAAGCUCAUUUUGUGACAGAUCACAUAACAACCAAUGCCUCUAUAGACUCUAGGGGUCAUCGCCCCCGCGGCCCAGUUCCAGACCAGAAAUUUUAUUCCUUGGAGGAUUUUUACUUUGUGAGUACUUUGUGACAAGUGAUAAAUAUAUAAAAAAUUGUAUGAUAUAAUAAAACUUUUAUGUCGUAUACAGAAAAACAUAAUUAAUUGAAAAAUAAUUAAGAAAACGAUGUUUGCUGUCUAGAGAAAUAGAACUAUGUAACGUUCGUCAGCUUCCUGACGCUCCUAGCGAAGUAAUUCCUUCAUCCCUUACGGGCAGACUUGUAGUUUUCCAUGCACCAUGGAGCUCUUGGAUCCUGUUGUCGAUUUUGAGAGGACGUGGAACGUGAGCAGCAUCCAGGUGAGAGACUUGGUGUGGAACGGAACCAAUCUGGAGUACGAGGAUCAGACUCUGAAUGACUCUUUUUUGUUAAUGAACGGCACAGGUGGCACUGUUAAUGAGACACAGUGGGAGGAAAAUAAGUACAACCUUCCCUGGUGGCACCAACUCAUCUGGUCCAUUUUCUUCGGAGGGAUGGUUGUUGUUGCAACAGGGGGUAACCUCAUUGUCAUCUGGAUCGUGCUGGCUGACAGACGCAUGCGCACUGUCACCAACAUCUUCCUGGUCAACCUUUCUGUAGCUGACGCCAUGGUAUCCACACUUAACGUGGUCUUCAAUUUUACCUACAUGUUAAACCUUCACUGGCGCUUCGGCAGGAUCUACUGCAAAAUCAGCCAGUUCGUGUCUAUCCUCUCCAUUUGCGCCUCCGUUUUCACUCUAAUGGCCAUCUCUUUUGACAGAUACAUCGCUAUCAUGCAUCCUCUACGGCCGCGCAUGGGGCGGAAAGCAACUAUCCUGAUCGUAGUAUGGAUAUGGGUAUCGUCCACCUGUCUAUCCAUGCCCAACAUGCUGUUCUUCACCACAGCAGCCUUGCCACUCAAAGAUGGGAGCUCGAGGGUGGUGUGCUACGGUGCCUGGCCUGACGGUGAUCAGGGCGACAGUCAAUCUGAAUAUGUACAUACGGUGGUGUUGAUGGUGCUGACGUAUAUAUUGCCGCUGCUGUGUAUGGGGUUCACGUACGCGCGUAUAGGCAUGACGUUGUGGGGGAGUCGGAGCAUCGGGGAGCAGACGCCUAGGCAGGUGGAAAGCAUCCGCUCAAAAAGGAAGGUGGUGAAGAUGAUGAUAGUGGUAGUGACCAUCUUCGCCAUCUGCUGGCUGCCUUAUCACGUCUACUUCAUUCUCUCCAAUCUGAUGCCAGAGAUAGCACACACUGACUACAUCCAAGAGACCUUCCUGGCUAUAUACUGGCUGGCCAUGUCCAACUCCAUGUACAACCCCAUGAUUUACUGCUGGCUCAACAACAGGUUCCGCAAUGGGUUUAAGAAGGUGUUCUCCGGCUGGUUGCCCUGCAUCCACUACGAGAGUGAACCCAAGGAAGUGACCCGUGUCCACACCACUAGGAUCUCCUGCUCUGGUUCGCCUGAAACCCUGCACAGGGUAACCUGCGAUGGGUCAUCACACAUCUCGAUGAAGACCUACGUGUCAGACGUGGGUGGUGGCAGCAAUGGCGCCAGACAACAGCCAAUGCGGGUGUGCAACGGUGCUAACUUGAGGAAGGCAACCAACGGAGCCAACGCCAGGAACUAUGGAGGUACACUUACUACUCCCAAAAACACCAAGUUCCCUGCCGUGUCCUACCAGUAUGUAUAAACACUGGGAGUCUACCUCAGGCUGUGGUAAACAACACAAAAUGAUAUGACAGGAGUGCCUCACACAAGCUGUUAUCAGUUAAAAGAGUGAACAAUGCCAUGAAAAACAUUUAUUGUGAAAAAUUUAGUAUUUCUUUCUAAAUCAGAGAGCAGCGCUAUGGAAGAUUGCUACGGAUAUUUUUUUAACAUAAUCAUCUCUAAUUUAGAUAUUAAUAAUGUAGAGGAUUCUUAAGAUACACAUUGUCUCAACACUAGCAACCAACACUGUGGCAGUUAAUAAACCAUGGCUGAAGCUCGUCCAAACACACACUAAUGGGAACUACGUCAUGAAUGGUAGGGAGAAACUCACUUUCGUCAUUAUAGCAAUGUAUGGUAAAACAUGAUCAAGCUGAAAAUUUCAACAGGAAGAGAAAACUUUGCACUAGGAUAAGAGCCGCUGUUGUAGCAAGUUAAUUUCACGUCAGGAAGGUUGAGGGAGGCAGCGUCUAGACGAGAAGGACGCCACUCACACAUCUUCAUCACUGACGAAGAUAUUGUUAUGUUGUCCACAUUUGUUGUAGACCUACGAAGCAUAC